AUGAGAGUGUGCAGAAUGUCCAUUAUUGUCGCUUUUAUGCACUAAAUGAGGAAACAUAUGUAAAAAAACAUCACCCAAUAUAGUUCCCAAACCAAAAGAAAUUAGAUUGCGGUCAACUUAUAUUUAACUACAGUACACAUAAGAAGAUAAGAAUAUUAGCGAUAUCCCGUAUAUAUAGUAGCCACUAAAAGAACACCAAUAGGCUCUUUAAAUGGUUCUUUAUCUUCUUUAAGAUGCCCUGAAUUAGCUUUGCUUACUAUAAAAGGUGCUAUUGAAUAAAUAAAUUUAAACCCAACUUUAAUUGAUGAAGUAAUAUUAGGAAAUGUAUGUUCAUCAGGAGAAGGUCAAAAUCUGGCCAGACAAGCUGCUUUAUUAGCAGGACUUCCAAGCAAUAUACCAUGCACGAAUGUAAACAAAGUAUGUGCAAGUGGAAUGAAGAGUGUAAUGUUUGGAUGCUAAAGUAUAUAAUUAGGACAAUCUGAAAUAGUUGUAUGUGGAGGAUUUGAAUCUAUGAGUAAUGUGCCUUUUUAUGUCCCUAAUUAUAGAAAAGGACAUUCUUUUGGAAAUUAAACACUUAUCGAUGGACUUUAAUACGAUGGUUUAACUAAUUUUUAUGAUAAUAAGGCUAUGGGUUAUUGUGCUGAAAAGACAGCAAAAGACUUUAAUAUAAAUAGAGAAGAAAACGAUUAAUUUUGCCAUGAAUCAUAUGAAAAAGCAUUAAAAGCUUAAAAAAAUGAAUUAUUUAAAGAUGAAAUAAUACCUAUUAAAGUUAAGGAUUAAAUUAUUAAUUAAGAUUAGGAACCUUAAAAAUAUAAUAAAAAUAAAAUUUCUUAAUUAAAACCUGUUUUUACAUAAGAAGGAACUAUAACGGCUGCAAAUGCAUCUAAAAUUAACGACGGAUCAUGCAUUAUUAUAUUAAUGUCUUAAAAUAAAAUGAAUGAAUUAAAAUUGAAACCAUUAGCCUAAAUUUUAAGCUAUGCUGAUGCGGAAGUUGAGCCAGUAGAUUUUUGUAUAGCACCUGCCAAAUCAGGACAAAAAGCAUUAUAUUAGGCUAAUUUAUAAUUAAGUUAAGUUGAUUAUUUUGAGUUUAAUGAAGCUUUCGCAACUACAGUUUUAGCAAAUAUCCGUUUAUUAAAAAUCAAUUAAAAUAGAGUCAAUGUAAAUGGAGGAGGAGUAGCUUUAGGACAUCCUAUAGGAAUGAGUGGCGCUAGAAUGAUUUAAAUUGGUUUCUUUAUUAAAGUAAAAUAAUGA